CACCGUACCUAUCACGGAGUACCCCAUUGCAUUACAUGCAUUGCGUGUACGUGUAUUUUGUACGUGUACGUACCAUGCAUACCCGGCACACUGCACUGCACGAAUACUUUAGCUUUCUUCAAAUCAAACCAAACGUAGACUAGUUCAGUUGUACAGAAUGAGUCAUAGGGGCAUAGUUCUAUCGUAAUACCGGCUGUAUAAUGUGAACUUUUACCUAAUGUCUUGUAAAAACUAAAAUGACCAGAAAGACUUCAACAUUUACAAUUACAGUCAAAGAUUUCACCAAGCAAUGGCGGAAGAAACCCCACAAGUUCAGGACGAUGUCAAGAAAAAAGUAAGUUUGCGGCCACCAAAUCGGCGCCGCCAUGAAGAGCAAUUAGAACAACUCAUGCUCAGCAUACGCACUCUGGAAGCAGCAUUGAAAUCACUAGGGAGACCUCAGCCUGUGGAUGGAUCCUCAGAUGAUUCUGAACAGAAGGAUGUGCUGCUGGCUGAACAAAAGAAAUUAAGAGAAGAGAAGGAGGCCAGCAUUACCAAGCGAAAAACACUGGAUGAAGACUUGAAAACUAUCAAUGAACACAUCUCCAAGCAGAAUGAUGCCCUAUCCAAACUUGAUGCUGGACUUUCUUUCAAGACCGAGGCUGCUGUGGAUGAUGCAAUCCGUAAAUUGGACCAUCAGCUAGCAACAAGACAUUUCAAACUCAGUGAAGAAAAUCGUAUUGUGAAAGAGAUUGACAGCCUACGACGAUCCAAGAAAAAAGUCAGAGAAUACCUUCAGCAGAAGCAAGAGAUUGAGAGUCUAAGGGCACGUAAAAAAAACAUGAAAGAUGAGAGAGAUAAAUAUUUUCGCCUUGCGUCCUCACUGAAAACCAAGGAGGAUGAAGUCAAGCAGAAACUGCAGAGACAAAAGAGCAAGACAGAUGAGGCCUGGAAUAGAUACCGAGAGGCAGGUCCUAAGAGAGAAGCUCUCAAAAAGGAAAUUGAUGAGCUGUAUGAGCGCCGUCGUCAGCUGACAUCAGAAUUCAGACAGCAAAGCAGUAAGUAUCACAAUCAACAAAAACAGCAUCGAGCCGACAGCUUCAGACGAAAAGAAGAAGAGAAGAAAGCACACGAAGAAGCAAGGAAGAAGCAGUGGCAGGAGUAUGAAGCAUCUCGUGAACCAUAUGAAGAUGAGAGGCAGUUAUGUGCAGCCUUGAUUAGAUACCUGCAGCGUUAUCUGACCCCAGACCAAGACCUUCCACUGGGUGCAUCUGCUCUAUCACCAGUGCAAUCUCCUACUUCAUCUGUUUCCGCCUCAAUCAGUGGGAGAGAUCAAGAUGAAAUGGCGGAGUAUGUUAUUCUUAAGAAGAAGACCGAUGGCAAUGAUGUAUUCCUCCCAACAACAUCAGCCAAGAAGAAACGAGCCAUUAGAAAGCACAAUCGCAAAUCAUCCUGGCUGAGUAAACCAAUCCGCCAUACCGCCCAGAUUUUCAGUCAGUUUGAGACGCUUGGUCUUCAUGCUCCAUCCUGCAUGUCUGAAGUAUCUGAUGCUAUUGUCCAGCUCACUGCUAAGAAGGAGGAGUAUGAGGUUGCAUGCAAAGAAACUGCGCCUGCCAGUCAUAAACUGUCACCAGGAGUGACCAGUCAAGAGACUGGCACCUUACCAACAAUCACAUCAUGUGCCUCAGCUCAUCACACAGUCACAUCAAACACACAGUCCAUGGAUUCAAAGCAUGAUGAUUCACACAGUGAUUGCCGGCAUUUCAACUUGACAAAGCUGGGCAGUAAUCUGCCACGCAUAGACAUUCAGAGUGCUCAGGAGCACAAUAAGCAGCGGCAAGCAAACAGUACCCCUGGGGUGGAGUCUGCGCCUGAAACACCCAACAGCGAGGGCAGCAUACCACGGGAAGCCGAUGGGGACUUGGAAUCAGUGGACUCUGGGAUAGGAAUACAUAGGUCUAAAGGUUGCUCAUCAGUCAUUCCUCCUGCACCUGCAAGUCAGGGUAAUAAAUGCAUAGACACCAAUGCAAAUACCAGUCAUGAUGGUAGCAGUCAAGAACCUGCAACACGGGUACCCACGGCUACCCAGUAUGCAUUUAUGAUGUCACAGGAUCCAGUGGAGGGAAACACACAGGGAAAUACUGCCAGUAUUCUUAGACAGAAGGAAGCACCAUUCUCUCACGAGAGCGAUUUAAUGGUGCAGGAUGCAUUAUGAUGUCAUUUUAUCGCGUUUUACAUGUACACAUAGUGCUGAAUUUUGGAGUUUUGUGUAUAAAGUGUGCAUGGGAUAGAGUUGACCAAGUCCAAACCAAUCCUGUACUUCGUAAACAUAUUGGUAUAACAUAUGUAUGGCAUGCAAAUCAGUUUUUAAUUGCUACAUGUCAUGCUUUUAAAUAAACCAUAAACCAAUAAACCAACAUUUAACACAAAGCUGUUCCUGCAAGCUGUGUGGGAUGGUCGAAAUGCAUUGUCGCCUGAUGAGUGACAGAACUUUGACCUGAGGUUCAGCUCCGAAAGCAAAAUGGAACGAAAGUUGGUUUCGGGUUGAGGUAGUUGAGUUGGGCUUUUACACAACUUUACUUAUUUAGAAAGAAAAAGCACAGACAUUGAGUCCUAUCGGUGGGCCAUGUUCUCACCCUCACAUUUUUUGUUGGUAAAUGAUUAUAUUCUGGCAAACUGUCAACGGCAGAAAUCUCCACGGCAUAAUGUAGUGUAGUUCACUGCUGCUACUUUGAAUCACGUUGGUAAGAGAGUGCAGUUGCUAUCAAACAUGAAUUAUUGCCCAUUAUUUUGUAUUAAAAUUACCAUGUCACAAUAAUCUGUGUUAAAUAGGCUGACACGGUUGGUUGAGUUUAUGAGUUUGGUCUUCGAGGUGAGAAAUUUGUACAUGACUUUUAGAACAGUGCUUUUUAUUUGUAGAUAUCUGAGACAAUCUAGUCAUUCCAAUUGGAUGCAAGUCUGUCAUGUGGGGAUGCACUGAGAUUUAGGAAACUUGCCUUUGGGCAUGAUCUCUGGCUACAUGGCAUAUAGGUUUAUGGCUUCUGACUAGUGCCCCACUAA